CGUGCACAGAGGGUUGCACAUCAGGCUGAAGGGCAACCUGUGGAUAUGGAUAAUGCUUCAAUUAUAGCUACUUUUCCAGCUGAUUUGCGUGAAGAGGUGCUAUUGACGUCUUCAGAGGCAGUUCUUUCAGCAUUGCCCUCUCCGUUGCUUGCUGAAGCACAAAUGCUCAGGGAUAGAGCUAUGAGUCACUAUCAGGCUCGUAGUUUGUUUGGAAGUAGCCACAGAAUCAAUAACCGGAGAAACGGCUUGGGAUUUGAUAGGCAGACAGUAAUUGAUAGGGGUGUUGGUGUUACAAUAGGACGAAGAACAUCUUCUGCUCUUCUUGAAAGGUUGAAAAUGAAGGAAGUUGAGGGGGAGCCGCUUUUAGAUCCUGAUGCAUUGAAAGCGUUGAUCAGGCUCCUACGAUUAGCGCAGCCCCUUGGGAAAGGCCUUCUGCAAAGACUUUUCCUGAACUUAUGUGCUCAUAGUUGUACAAGGGCAAUUCUUGUUUUUCUGCUACUGGACAUGAUCAAGAUGGAGACUGAAGGCCCUGUAGGUGGGUUGACAACAGUAAAUUCUCAGAGGCUUUAUGGGUGUCUGUCUAAUGUUGUUUAUGCCCGGUCACAGCUCUUAGAUGGUCUUCCACCUCUAGUACUGCGUCGGGUCCUUGAAAUUUUGACGUACUUGGCUACAAAUCAUUCUUCUGUUGCUAAUUUGUUGUUCUAUUUUGAUUCUUCACUUGUUCCGGAAUCCUUGAAUCUCAAAUACCAUGAUAGGAAGAAUGAUAAGGGAAAAGAGAAAGUUAUUGAAGGAGGAGACAUCUCUCGUCCUGUUGGAUUGGAGGGUGAUAUUCCUAUGUUAUUGUUUGUAAAGCUCUUGAAUCAGCCGCUUUUCCUUCGCAGUAUUGCUCAUCUCGAACAGGUCAUGGGACUGCUUCAAGUKGUUGUAUACACUGCUGCUUCAAAGUUAGAUUGUCAAUCGCAAGCUGAACAAGCAGUGACCAAUUCCCAAGGUCUGCCUGGCAAUGAAGCUGCUGAUCAUCCUCAAGGAGAUUCUUCCUCAGCAGGAGCAGAACCUAGUCAGGAUGAUAAAAGUGUCGGUGAUGGAUUAUCUACGUCAGAUGACCAGAAAAGCGUCAAUAUGCAUGAUAUCUUCAUGAAGCUACCACAAACUGAUCUGCAUAAUCUAUGCAGCCUUCUUGGUCAUGAGGGGCUAUCAGAUAAAGUGUACCUGCUUACUGGGGAAGUUCUAAAGAAGUUGGCCUCAGUUGCUCCCUCGCAUCGGAAGUUCUUUAUUGUAGAGCUUUCAAAUUUAGCUCAUAGUCUGAGCAGUUCCGCCAUCCGAGAACUCAUCACGCUAAGAAACACACAUAUGCUGGGUUUGAGUGCUGGAUCCAUGGCUGGGGCUGCUGUUCUAAGAAUCCUGCAGACACUUAGUUCUCUCACUGUAUCUGGUGUUGAUGGCAGUAAGGAUGUGAAGAAUGAUGACAAUCAGGAGCAUGUUACCAUGUGGAAAUUAAAUGUUUCACUUGAGCCUUUGUGGCAAGAAUUGAGUGAGUGUAUAAGUGUGACAGAAACACAGCUGACCCAUAGCUCUUUUUCUUCGGUUAUGUCAAAUGCCAAUGCGGGAGAGCAUGCUCAGGGUUCUUCAUCUCUAUCUCCUCCUCUCCCCCCUGGAACUCAGAGGCUUUUGCCUUUCAUUGAGGCCUUUCUGGUCCUCUGUGAAAAGCUUCAAGCAAACAAUACUCUUUUGCAGCAAGAUGAUGCCUAUGCAACCGCAACAGAAGUGAAGGAGUUCUCUGGAAAUUCAUCACCAAAUGGGGUGGAUUCUCAGAAGUGGAUUGAUGGUGCUGUGACAUUUGUGAGGUUUGCUGAGAAGCAUCGGCGGCUUUUGAAUGCUUUUGUCAGGCAAAAUCCUGGCUUGUUGGAGAAGUCACUUUCUAUGAUGCUGAAAGCUCCGCGGUUAAUUGAUUUUGACAACAAAAGGUCUUAUUUCCGUUCUAGAAUCAGGCAGCAGCAUGAUCAACACUUAACAGGACCACUGCGGAUAAGUGUUCGACGGGCAUAUGUUUUAGAAGACUCCUACAAUCAGUUGCGAAUGCGACCCACUCAGGACUUAAAAGGUCGUUUAAAUGUUCAUUUUCAAGGCGAAGAGGGUAUUGAUGCUGGUGGUUUGACAAGAGAAUGGUAUCAAUUGCUGUCGAGGGUAAUAUUUGACAAAGGAGCUUUGCUUUUUACCACUGGAGGAAACAAUGCAACCUUCCAGCCAAAUCCUAAUUCUGUUUAUCAGACAGAGCAUCUUUCUUACUUCAAAUUCGUGGGCCGUGUGGUUGCUAAAGCUUUGUUUGAUGGGCAACUGUUGGAUGCUUACUUCACCCGAUCUUUCUACAAACAUAUCCUUGGUGUGAAGGUAACAUAUCAUGAUAUAGAGGCUGUUGAUCCUGACUAUUACAAGAACUUGAAGUGGUUGCUGGAUAACGAUGUAAGUGACAUCCUCGACCUUACAUUUAGCAUGGACGCUGAUGAAGAAAAGCACAUCCUCUAUGAGAAAACAGAGGUUAGCGAUUAUGAGCUCAAACCGGGUGGACGGAAUAUACGGGUAACGGAAGAAACAAAGCACGAGUAUGUGGAUCUUGUUGCUGAACAUAUAUUAACAAAUGCGAUACGACCUCAAAUUAAUUCCUUUUUGGAGGGUUUUAAUGAGUUGAUACCACGUGACCUCAUUUCUAUUUUCAACGAUAAAGAGCUUGAGUUGCUGAUCAGUGGACUUCCAGAAAUCGAUUUGGAUGAUCUGAAGGCCCACACUGAAUAUACCGGAUACACAGUUGGUUCUAAUGUUGUUGUGUGGUUUUGGGAGGUUGUGAAAGCAUUUAACAAGGAAGAUAGGGCGAGAUUACUUCAAUUUGUGACGGGUACAUCAAAGGUUCCUUUGGAAGGUUUUAAAGCAUUGCAAGGUAUAUCUGGUCCACAAAGAUUUCAAAUUCACAAAGCUUAUGGAGGUCCAGAGAGGCUGCCAUCGGCUCAUACCUGUUUCAACCAAUUAGAUCUUCCCGAAUACCCGUCAAAAGAACAGCUUCAGGAACGAUUACUACUUGCUAUCCACGAAGCUAAUGAAGGGUUCGGGUUUGGAUAGAGAUAUCGGGCUGGUUGCUUCACUUUAUUUCAGCCAUUCUUCAUCUAUCGACUAAAGGGAACUCACAAUCAUAUUUAAGAAUUUGAAGAGCGAGAAAAGAUGGUGUUUUUGGUCAUGUGGAAAUGCAAUGCCGUCUUCUGGGUUUGUUUUCGGACUAGAAUAAAACAGAUGAAACUUGAAAACAGGAAAAGAUCGACAGGCUUCAUGUAAAUCGUAGCUUUUUUUGGUUGGUUCGUAGCUCUUAGCUGAUUCGGUUUUGUGAUUCAUGUUACCAAGUAUUUGAAGCUUUUAGAAAACCUUCCAUUUCUAUCUUUGUUUUCUUUGCACACCAGUUAAACCCAAAA